AUGGUUGACGAAGUAACAAAAAAGACUUUAUCCAAUAUUCCAUUAUUAAAAACUAAAGCUAGUCCACGUGAUGGUGAACAAUGGCGACAAAGACUUAAAGAAGAGCUUCAAGCAUUAAUACAAGUAAAUCUCCGUAAGACUAGAAAAAGCCUAAAAUGAUUCAAUUCUAUGGAUCUUUGGAGUCGAGUCAUGACUAGGACUACGACAGCUCCAGCUCACGAACUGGGCUGAAACGAACGGAUGAACUGUUCGAACAGUUCAGUUCAGCUCAUCAGAACUGUUCGACCAGUUCCUCCGAACUGAACUGAACUGUUCAGACAGUUCAGCUCAGCUCCGAGAACUGACAAAAUGUCUCAUAU